AUGAAUGACAUACGACGCAAACGUAAUUUGGAAUCGUCGACUUUGAUCUGGUUAACCGCUGGCCCUGAUCAAACUAGAUUGAAUCAACUUCGAAAAAUUAUUGAUUAUGUAGAAAUAUUUGAUAAUGCUGAUGCAUCCAAUAAAUAUAUGGAACAUGUUGAAGAUGAUAAUCAAAUUUAUGUUAUUACUGAUAUUCCAUAUAUUUCAAAUAGAGCUCGAGUCUAUUUCUAUGAAGCCAAAGGGAGCAUUAAUAAUAUAGAUACAAUAAUUCAAACUAUCGAAACAGAUUCCAAUGCUCAAUUAAAUCCACUUGGAAUCAAUAUUUUUAAACAGUCAACACAUUCAUCACUCAAUAGUGAAUUCCUAUGGUUUCAACGUAUUCUUAAUAUCUUGCUCGAUACAGAUGAUCGUAUAAAAGCAAAAAUGGAUUUUAUUGAUAUUUACAAACGAUAUUUCAAUGGUAAUCGACAAAAAGAAGAAAAAAAUCGAAGAAUUCGAAAAUAG